UCUCACUCCCUAGAGAGAGAAAGGAAAGAUAGAGAGAGAGGGACUGCUCCAGAAGUUUUUUUUUUUUUGAAUAGAAUGUUUAGAGAGCCAAUUAGUUGCAAAGGAAGAUAUACGGUAGAGAAGUAUUCCAAAUUAGUCCAGCAUCGAUUUCUCCUUUAUUGUUCUUGUUGUGUGUUGUGAUUAUUGAUCUCUAAGCAAUGUUGGGCUAAAUUAGGGAUAUUGUCAUCUGGGAUCUUUUUUUUCUGUGGAUCUGAGGCAUUAUUAUCUCGUGAGCUGGUGAAGCUGUCACAUUUAUCAUAUAAAAAUGUGUUCUUUGUUUGAGGGAAUGGUGGAAAGAGUGAGGAGGGUGUUCUUGGUGAUGCUGCUGCUGCAUCAUUUGAAGUGCAUUUAUGCUAAUAUGGAAGGUGAUGCUUUACAUAGUCUUAGAACAAACUUAGAGGAUCCUAACAAUGUGCUACAAAGCUGGGAUCCCACGCUCGUCAACCCUUGCACAUGGUUCCAUGUUACCUGCAACAACGAUAACAGUGUAAUAAGAGUUGAUCUCGGGAAUGCUGCUUUAUCCGGUCAAUUGGUUACACAGCUUGGCUUGUUGAAGAAUCUGCAGUAUCUGGAGUUGUACAGUAACAACAUAACUGGGCCGAUACCAAGCGAUCUUGGAAAUCUUACUAAUUUGGUGAGCUUGGAUCUGUACUUGAACAGUUUCACUGGUCCCAUUCCAGCCACGUUGGGCAAGCUGUCAAAAUUACGAUUCCUGCGGUUGAAUAAUAACAGCUUGACGGGUCCCAUCCCCAUGCAACUGACCAAUAUCACGUCGCUUCAAGUUCUGGAUCUAUCAAACAAUCGUCUUUCGGGGGCAGUUCCAGAUAACGGUUCCUUUUCUUUGUUUACACCCAUAAGUUUUGCAAAUAACGUUGAUCUCUGCGGCCCAGUUACCGGACGACCAUGCCCUGGAUCUCCCCCAUUCUCUCCACCCCCUCCGUUUGUUCCACCAUCCCCAAUUUCUUAUCCAGGAGGGAAUACUGCAAUGGGAGCGAUUGCUGGAGGAGUUGCUGCAGGUGCAGCUCUGCUAUUUGCUGCCCCUGCCAUUGCAUUCGCAUGGUGGCGUCGAAGAAAGCCAAAGGAGUACUUCUUUGAUGUUCCAGCUGAGGAGGAUCCCGAAGUCCACCUUGGACAGCUUAAACGAUUCUCUCUACGAGAAUUGCAAGUUGCAACCGAUAGUUUCAGCAACAAAAACAUUUUGGGAAGAGGUGGCUUUGGGAAGGUAUAUAAAGGACGACUGGCAGACGGCACGCUUGUUGCUGUCAAACGGCUUAAAGAGGAGCGAACGCCUGGUGGAGAACUCCAAUUCCAAACAGAGGUCGAGAUGAUCAGUAUGGCUGUGCACCGUAAUCUUCUUAGACUGCGUGGUUUUUGCAUGACCCCUACUGAGCGUUUGCUCGUUUAUCCUUACAUGGCUAAUGGAAGCGUCGCAUCCUGCUUAAGAGAACGGCCACCAAAUGAGCCACCGCUCGUUUGGUCCGCAAGGAAGUGCAUUGCUCUGGGAUCUGCGAGAGGAUUGUCUUACUUGCACGAUCACUGCGACCCCAAGAUUAUUCAUCGCGAUGUCAAGGCUGCGAAUAUAUUACUAGAUGAAGAGUUUGAGGCAGUUGUCGGAGAUUUUGGUCUGGCGAAACUCAUGGAUUACAAAGAUACGCACGUGACAACCGCUGUUCGUGGAACUAUAGGCCACAUAGCUCCCGAGUACCUCUCCACUGGAAAAUCCUCAGAGAAAACCGAUGUUUUUGGAUACGGCAUUAUGCUUCUUGAGCUGAUAACGGGGCAGAGGGCGUUUGAUCUCGCCCGCCUUGCAAAUGACGAUGAUGUCAUGUUGCUCGAUUGGGUGAAAGGGCUUCUUAAAGAGAAGAAAGUCGAAAUGCUGGUAGAUCCCGAUUUGCAGAAGAACUACGUGGAAGCGGAGGUGGAGCAGCUAAUACAGGUGGCUCUACUGUGCACGCAGAGUUCGCCAAUGGAGCGGCCGAAGAUGUCGGAUGUGGUGAGAAUGCUGGAAGGCGACGGGCUGGCGGAGAAGUGGGACGAGUGGCAGAAGGUGGAAGUGCUCCGGCAGGAGCUGGACCUUGCGCCUCCUCACUCGACCUCCGAUUGGAUCCUCGAUUCGACCGAGAAUUUGCACGCUGUUGAGCUAUCAGGUCCAAGAUGACCAUCAUCCAAACAAACUGCUAUCAGGCUUGUUUUUUUGUACUAUAAUUUUAUUAGGAAAUAUUGAAAAAGAAAAGAAAAAAGAGUCAACAGAUUAGGAGUUGUGGUGAGAGCAUAUUGUGAACUGUAUUCUUUGUAUUUGUGCAUAGCACUAUGUAGUGCCCAACUAUCUGAUCUUGGUGUUUCACAAAUUUUUUUGACAUUGCAUUUUACAUUGUGCUAAAACUCUUUCCACUACAGUUAACUUUCUAAUUUUGAAA